AGUUCUUUUGCACGUUUAAACAUGGUUUAACUAAAUCGAUCGUACAUGUAGUAGUAGUAGUAGUAGUAGUAGUAAUAGCAUAUUUAAUGGUUUCCCGUGAUAAAUAGUUCGUGACUUGUUUCCGAAAAUAUGUAAUAGCUUCUACUUAUAGAAAAGGAAGAGUUUAAUAUAUGAGGAUUAUUACUAGUUAACGCUUAAUUGGCAGAUAAUUUAGUUUAUUAUGGAUCUUAAUUUGAACGAUGAGUAAUUCGUAGUGUAACUAUGUCAGCUGCAUGCAAAAUCCAGCCAAAACCUUGGUGUGAUAUUUGCGGAAAGACAUUCAAAAAUGCCUACAAUUUAAAAGUACAUAAACGUGUUCAUACUGGAGAGCGACCCUACCAAUGCCAGCAAUGCGAACGUGCAUUUAUGUACAGGGCCAGUUACAGAGUUCACGUGGCUACACAUAAACAGGAUGUGGUUGAUGAUGAAAGCGUCAGCCAAGGCAAGCUUGACCGGAAGUCUGGAAGUCAAAUCUCAAGCAACAUUUUGAUGCAUGGGAACAACCGACACAAGAACACGCCCGUUAGCAAAGGAUCAGGCGUAUCGUGCCAUAUCUGCCACAGGACAUUUCUGCAGCAGCAAUCACUCAAAUGUCACAUGCGUAUCCACACAUUUCAAAAAACAUGGGCAAAUAGUCGUAAAAACACCGCCGAUAUUACCUGCAACGACACAUUUCAUCUGAAAAACUUGCAUGCACCAACCAUGUCAAAUAGAACAAUCGCUAGAGUAAACUAUAUUAAAUAUCCAAAACUCAAGACAGCCUUAACUGCUCGAGGUUCCGCUAAUGUUGAACACCUUGCUACAGAAAAAGAUGUUGUUGGUGAAAGAAAUGAAACAAAGCGAGCAGCGACAAAACCAAGAAAAAAUGUCAGGGGUGCAGUGAAGUACAUGAUGAAACCGGUCGAGUCAGAAAGACAUCAAACGAAAUUAAAAACUCACACCAGUCUUAACCGAAACACUGCUUACAACUGCCUUCAAAUAGGAAGUACUUCGAGAUAUUCGGAUAUGUGUGGCCAAAAAGGCCAUUCUCAGUCAAAGUACACGUGUGCGGCAUGUGAACUCUAUUUCGAAACAUCACUUGACUACAGAAAUCAUAUUAAAUCACACGACUGCAAACAAGAUGGGAGACGGAUAUAUGAAUGCAAGCACAAAUUUUACCAUUUGAAAUCGUUUCAAAAACAUCAACAGUUAGAUAACAAGUGUUACCCGUGCAAAACAUGCAACCGAUGUUUUAGUACAAGGGAGGACCAAAUGAAUCAUUCACAAAUUCACGUGCAAAAUCGACAAUACACAUGUCCGUACUGUGAUUUGAGUUUUAACGUUGACAGCAAUUGUCAUAGACACAUAAAGCAGGUGCACAAUGGUUCAGUACACAAUUUGCCAGACAACACAACGCCGAAGUACACUUUGCGUAAAUCACCUGCUGAAGCAGUUUCAUGUCCAUAUACAUGCACCCAGUGCAACGAUUCUUUCUCCGAAGAGUAUUUGCUCCAGAAGCACAUGAUGAAAGUUCACUGGAAAGAAGACAACAAGGUGAACAAAUUGAAACAAAUGGCUUGUAGACAGACAAAAGAAUAUAAUUAUAUAGACCUGACAGGAAGUGAUGCAAACGAAAGCACAGAAAUGGCUGUUAAAGGAAAUGAUAAACCUUUCGAAGGUGCUGUACAUGCUGAAAGGGAACGGGAAAAUAUUCAUUUCAGCAGGAAAGACAUCGUUGCAGAAACCAUCCCGAUUCAACCACAUUUGGACACAGUUCCUAAAUCUAAACGUGUGAAUCAAGUCAGUAGAAACCGUAAGAAUAAGAAGAAAGAACUAAAUGAGGCAAUAUUACGAGAAUAUUAUGUUUUUACUGACAUUCUGAAGUCAUGUUAUGUUGAUCCUGACACUAAUAGAGGGAUAUAUGUGUGUGAAGUUUGCUCGACUACUUACACAAAAAAACACAGCCUUGUAAUACAUAUAAAAAACAGGGCGUAUGACCAUCGUUUCUACCUAAGAAAAAGAGAUGAUACAGAACAACAGCAAUUGGAUUUAGUUCAGUCAACAAGAUCGAUUUUGCGUUUUGAAUGUGAUGUAUGUGGUAAAAUAUUCCAAACAAUAUCUAAUAUGUUUUCACAUAGACAGAAACAUACGACAAAACAGUUCAAAGAUGCUGGUGUUCGUGAAGAUGUUUAUAAAUCUCGGGAUGGCAAAACAAUCGUAACAGAUUUCGAAAUGAGACCUGAACAAGAAGUGUCAAGCAGCACAACCAAAGAACAGGGUGACAACCAAUCGAAUGAAAUGGGGGACGAUGAUGUUACAAUAUCUACGGAGAGUGCAGACAAUGAAGACUUCGAUAUUUCAGAUGGGGAACCUCUCUACACGGCAACGCCAUACAUUGCUGAGAAGAAUAACAAUGUCGAGUUAGUACAAGAUAUAAAUACCUCAUAUGAAGCUGAAAAUACACAAGCUGUUGACGACGAAAUACCAAAUGUACGUAGAUCUAUCAAAGGAGAAUGUACUGUACAUUUUUAUGAACAAAAUACAGAACAGACAAUAACAGCAACGGCGACAGAUAUAGCUAAACUAGUGGAGACGGCCUAUGGAAACAACAGGGCAGAACAAAGUCAUGCUGACGAAGAACUAUAUACGCCUGGCAUAACUGAACAAAGUAGUUCGAUAGACGGAAUCAAGAGUCAAUGUCAAACUCAUACAAGUGUAAAUAUAAAUACAACUGAUAUAACUCAUCAACUUGAAACGACAGGAAGAGUUAAUAGUCAAUGUCAAAAAUAUACAGUUGAAAAUACAACUACUACUUUUGUAACUGGACAAACGAAGACUUUUGAAGGAAUCAAGAAACAGAGUCAAACCCACACAAAUGUCUAUAUAAAUACAACUGGUACAACCGAACAUAUGGAGACAACAGAAGAAAUUAACAGUCAAAAUCAAAUACAUGCAGACGAAAAUCUAAACACUUUAUCUAACAAAGAAUUAACCAAUUCAAGCACACAGACAAAUACAAUCGCAUUUCAAAAUAUGAAUGUACAAGACCAAGUUUGUCAAGCAGAAUUAAUGACCAAUCCUGAACAAUGUACAAACACUGUUACUACAUUGACUGGUUUCAGAUCGCCCUUUUCAACCGAGAGAGGUGAUAGAGUAUGCACAGAAUGCAGACUAGCCAUCCCGGAUGGGCAGACAAGUCUGCGAUGUAGCCUAUGUGAUCAGGUAUUUUGUGUAAACUGUUCAGGUCUACCGAGAGAUGUAUACGCUACGUUAUAUAGUAACGGAAACGAAUGUUUAGCAGGUAUAUGUUGGACAUGUAAUGUCUGCAAAGGUCUGGUUCCAAAGUUUACAGGGCUUCUUCAACAGCUGGGAGAUUUUGAUCAGAUCAUUAACAACCGCUUAACAGACAUAGAGCAAAGGCUGCCUACAAUGAGACCGAAUAUGAAACACUGAGUUAUGUUACUUGAGUAGAAUGCAUUUAUAAGAAAAAUAUGUGUGUAUAACUAAUCCAUGACGUGUAAUGUGGCUUUGAAGCUGACUACAUUUUGAUUUAUUUGACAAAUGAAUUGAUAAUAAUUUUUCAUAUGUUGAUGUCCUUUCUAACUUAGAAUGAAAAUGGAAGUUUUGCCGAAAUAUCAUAUUUAACGAUAAAGUGUAAAAAAUAUAUAUAUGCAUAGACAAACUUAAUUGUUAUUUAAAUAUCUUUUGUGCUAAACUAUUCAUACUUCUUGUAUAUGUUAAUACAACAGAAGUUAUAUCGUGACCUGUUUAGUAAAAUGGCCUUUUAGAUAAAGUAUAAUUUUGUUGGCUUGUAACAUAUAUAUAGCGAAACAGUAUUUUGAAAAGUGAAAACAAUAAUUGUAUGGUUAACCAAAUGCAGUUCUACUACAUAGGAUUUAUAUUAGAUGGUGUAUUACAUGGGAAAAGUUGUAUUAGUGACAUGAUAUUAUUGUUGCAGAAUAAAAUAUUUUUUCAAAAUACUGGAUAGUCACUGGUUUUUACGGUGGUAUGUUUAGGACAUGCAUUAUUUUAAAUUAUCUCGUGUGUUAUGUUAUCUCAAGAGCACGACAUCUUAUCUCGAGCGCACGACAUCUUAUUUCGUGCGCUCGACAUUAUUCUCACCUCGUGCGCUUGUCGUCAUAUGUCGUGCUAUGUUGUCGUGCUGUCGAGAUGAAAUAUGCGUACGAGAAAAUUUAAUUUAAAUAAACUGCUUGUCUUAAAUAUACCAACGUAGAAACUAUAAUGCUGUAAUAAAGUAAUGCAAAAGUAGGCAAAUAAUGUGUUUAAUGACAACCUACAUUGCAAAAACAUAUAUACAAUUAUAUACAUAUAUAUAUACAAGUGGUUCCUAGCCAAAAGACCCUUGACUAAACCAAAAAUACACGGUAAUGUCAUAUUUCAAGUUAAGUAUUUUCAGAUUUUAAAUGUGAAAGAAUUUUCUUUUUGAAUAUUUUUUUUUAUUUGCCUUUGAUAUUUUGUCACUAAUCCACUAAGGUUUUAUCUUUGAACGGCCCAUAUAUAUUUAGAGCCAGUUUUCAUAAUUAUAUACCUUUUAGAAAUUUUAAAUAAAAAUCAAUAAGUGAGCCGCGCCAUGGGAAAACCAACAUAGUGGGUUUGCGACCAGCAUGGAUCUAGAAGAUCCUGCGCAUCCGCGCAGUCUGGUCAGGAUCCAUGCUGUUCGCUAACAGUUUCUCCAAAUCCAAUAGGUUUUGAAAGCGAACAGCAUAGAUCCUGACCAGACUGCGUGGAUGUUGGUUUUCUCAUGGCGCGGCUCAGUGAGUUUGCAGGCAAGACAAGCAUAUAUUUGAAGCAAAAAAGACAAGAAAAUACAGUCUAUUCGAUCAGUUAACAGUUUUAUUCUUUUGACAUUUAAAGAUUUAAAAACGAAGAUAUUUUUACAACUGAGCGGCAAUGUAUCUAUAGACGGUAUCCUUUUAUGGCAUCCCAGAUAAACAUCAAAAAGUAAUAGAACACAUGUCGACGGUGUCGAUCGAAAUUCCCGAAAAAUAAAAAGGUGGUUUUCAGGAGAGGCAAAAAACUUAUUUUUAUUGUUUCACGCCUUUUCCAAAUCAAACAUAAAAUACCGAAUAAUGAAUUUUUUUUUCAGAUCAAUUCCUGAAAAAAGUAAACAACACAUAACAUCCAUACUCACAAUGCUGAUUGGUAUUUGGAUGUGCUACAUGCUUGACUAUUGAAAAGACACUUGUAACUUACGAACAUGUUGGAAUUCACUUUUCGGCUUUCUUUCCAAUCGGCGAAUUUAUUCGGCAUUUUCUGUCCAUCUCAUUAUUCGGUAUUUUAUUUUUUUCAUGUUUCACUCCUUUCCCAUGGGCUAAUUGAGCCCAGAUUUGGAGAGAAUGUGCGCGGGAAAGUGCUAAAAAUUAUUCGGCAAUGAAGGAAAUAGGCAUUUUCGUUAUUCGGGAUUUUCGAUCGACACCCGUCACCGUCGAUAUACAUGUACCAGCAGCAACUUACCUGUUAACUGGUCAAAAAUGAUCUUUGUGUUUAUUAACAAUUUGUCGUGGUGAAAGCGGACGCACCUACAUGUAUGAUGUAAGACUGACAGCAUCAAACAGAACUAAUGUACCGAAUUUACAUGAUAUUAUCGUUGUAAAAUUGCAUUUCUUGAUCUUUUAAAGAUUACAUUGUGUUAUUAAGUAUUCAUUCUCAAGUUACUAGUAUAUCAAACAUACGCCCGACUGUAUCAUUUGAGGCAUGCUUUCGGGACACGUAGAAUAUUCGUUCCCAUUCAUCCUACACCAAAGUCAUCGAUCUGCUCUUGCAGUCAGUAUGGGUCAUUUCGUUUGAUCAAGAACAACAUUCUCGCCGGUUUAUUUAUAAAUAUUUAUAAACGAACGCUUUGGCGUACGCCGGCCACUUGAGUUGUAAAUAAAAAAGAAAUUCCAAUUUGUUAUGAUUUUCUGUUGUGGCAUGGUCCAAAAAGGUAAUCGUUGCGGAAUAUUUCUUACAUUCACUGGUAUUAACCCCAAAUUACCGAAUGUUUACCCGAUUUUAUAUCGCGAACGAACAGGAUUUGCCGCCUUGUCUAUCUCGCAAGGCCGGUGUAACAUUAAAUUUUGACCCCGUUGAAAAUUGACCCCAUGGGUCAUUUUUCAACGUUGAGAAUUGACCCUGCCAACAUUUCAACAUUAAAUUUUGAUAAAAAAAUUCGUUGAGACCUGAUCAGUCGUUAAAUUUUGAUCAGAAAUGGGGUCAUUUUUUAACGGUUAGCUAAACUUAAAUAAAACGUCGGAGAUCAUCUGUUUGUAGUAGAGAAACACACUGGAAAGAACCAGAAGUUUUCGCAGGCUUGCUGGGUAGCUUUUUUUAAAAUAUUUUCACAAGGCCGAGCCCGGGCUCAAACUGACAAUUUUGCCGAGGUAGGCGAUUUUCGACAGGUGGGUGGGUGUAGUCACAUCGAGACUUCCACACAGGGAGCACCUUUUCCUAUCAUAACAAGAUAUUUAUAAGUGAUAUUUCUGUAACAUACAGAGAUUAAUUCUUUAACGUUGAAAAUGUUUGUCUUUAUGCGUCCUAAUGCCAGGUUCGAAAUAGUUUAUCUCAUGAUUAGGAUGUUUAACUUUACAAAUAUGUAUAAUCUACGGUUUUAAUUCUUUUAUAGAAUGUACAGAUAUGGUCUUUAGAUAUAGUCUCUUAUAAUUCUGUUCAGAAUGACCACAUGCAUUUAUAGUUAUCUAUUUCACACUUUAUUUGUCACGAAAAAAAUGUUUUAUCAGACGAAUUUCUUCCGCCUUGCAAACAAAGUAAACAGAGGGUCAUCUCAUUCACACGACAAUUACUUAAAUAAAGUAUUCACAGUCCUCAUAAAAACCCUACAUAUGUGAUACUAAGUUGCAAGAAUCAGUCACUGAUGCCUAGUCACUGUCUUAACAAAUAACAUAAAAUCGAAAACAAAUAUAUGUGUAAUAAGGGUAUUAAAUUUUUCUCGUUUAUGGUAGAAUGCGCCACCCAACAUUUUUAACGGACUGUUUUAAAAUUUUAACAGAUAUUUCCAAGGGUGUUUUUAUUCUUAAUAUCUCUGCUGUAUAUCUUCAGAAAAAGUGUAUCUAUUUAUGUCCCUGAUAUUUUCCAACAAGACCACUAACGUCAUCUGUUCAAGACUGCGCAAAAUGACAUGCCUGACUUCGAAUCACUUGCCAUACACCGAUGUAGGUUCGAGCCUCACUCAGAGCGUUGAAUUAUUAAUGUUAGCAAGCUUUUACAUCUUUAUCCUAGAUCUAGACUGCAUGUGGGACCUUACUUCAAAGCCCGGGUGUCAGUUUUUAGAAUAAGUCUGCGUAUUGGUGGUGGUAUAAUUGAUUUGUUUUUGUAAUGUUAUAAGUGUGACUUUCCGAUCAAAUUUGUCUAAAGCUCCAAAUUUUGAACACGUUAUUAAAAUGUUAGAUAGAUGUUACAAAAAUGUCUUAUAUAACGCUUCGUUCGAUAAAUGCAAUGUAGCUAUAUGUAAUUUAACAGAAAUUAAUUUUGUUUGACAACAGUGUUUACUCUAUGUUUUUAAAAUGUUGCCGUUUUUUAGUACUAAAGAUGUUUUCUGUUCUG